CUCGAGCUCCACGAUGGACCGAUUUUUGCUGGAAAAUGCUGCACUUUAUCGAAAACUAGUCCAGGGGCUCAAACCUACACCGCUACCCCAAUCAGAGGAUGCAAUCAACGGAGCACCAAAUCCAGAUAUGGUUGUUAGUGCUAGAGUCCGACCUCUGUUAGAUGAGGAUGUAAUUGCUGGCUUCCCACGUGCAGUGUUUCCGCGCUCUACUCAGACCGCUGUGGUGGACAUCCACGAUCUCUACAACCACCCACGUGGACGCCCUAUUAUCAAGUCCUCCAAUUAUCAGGUGGAUCGACUCUUUGACUCGAAAACAACCACCGAGGAGAUUUACGAAGAUCUUGUUGCAGAUCUCGUUCCCUUUGCAUGGAAUGGUGGCAUCGGGACUCUCUUUACCUAUGGUCAGACUGGUUCUGGCAAGACAUUUACUGUCAGCCGACUUGAGCAGCUCGUUGCUGAGUCGUUGAUGGAUGGAAGUUUCGAGGGCCAGAGACAGGUUCACAUGACCAUCAUUGAUCUUGCUGGUAACUCGGCUUAUGAUCUGACAAACUCACGCAAACCAAUAUCUGUUCUCGAAGACGCAUUUGGAGUUACACAGCUAGCUGGUGCACUAGAACAUCUAGUCGAGGACAGGGAUGAGGUAAUGAACCUCAUUGAGCGCGCAACAUCUUUCAGACGGACAGCCCCAACCCUCAAAAACGAUGCUUCAUCACGUUCGCACGCUAUCUGUCGAAUCCGAAUCAAAGACCCAUCCACGGAUUCAGAAGGUCUUCUGUAUCUGAUCGAUCUUGCUGGAUCCGAAGCUGCUCGUGAUAUUGCGAAGCAUGGAGCUGACCGGAUGCGAGAAACUCGGGAGAUCAACAUGAGCCUCUCAGUCCUCAAAGACUGCAUUCGUGGAAAGGUGGAGUGGGAUCUUCUCACCCAAUCAAAGGGUCCAAAGUCAAAGCAGAAGAAGCCUCAUAUUCCGUUCCGACAAGCUGCACUUACGAAGGUCUUGAAGCAUGUUUUCGACCCUUCAACCAAUAGACGCUGCAAGACGGUUGUCAUUGCCUGCAUCAAUCCGAGUCUUGCAGAUACAGGACCAAGCAGGAAUACACUCCGGUACGCCGAGCUACUGCGUGUUACGGUUCCGAGGACUGAUACGCUUGAACCUAAUCCACUGGUACCCACAACCUGGACGAAUGGUCAAUUGCGGGACUGGAUCACCAAAAAUUCAGGUACUCCUCCAGUCUCACCAGCAAUCUUGGCACCCAGAGAAUCAGGUGCCCAACUCCUCCGAUUACCACCUGCAGAGUUUGAAAGUCGAUGUUUGAAGACUCCUGGUGUCAGUAUCGAGCAGAUCAAAGCCUUCCGCUCCAAAUUGUGGCAAUUACACAUCGAUGGUCAACGAAUUGCUAACACACCUGUGUCAAACACCGAGGAGUCAGCAGAGCCAUCCACGUUGUUGAGAGUCGAAAACAGAUCAUCAAGCCGAGAUUUGGAUCCCACUGCUUCAGAAGUACCAUUCAAACAACGCAUUCGGCCUGGUAUGGCUGUGUCCUGGCAUCAGCCUCCUGAGUCUGGAGAUUCAGCACUCGGUAUGCCAGAUAGCCUUCAGUUGGCAGUGAUACUUUGCCCCGCUCAAGCUGGGCAAGCCUGUAUCAAAGAUGUUCUCGGCAGUGUGGUGAAUUCCUCAUCAAGUGAGGAUACUCAAAAUGAUAAGGAGUGUGAUCCACGAUAUCUUUGCGCAUUGGUGACGCCCGGGUCUACGGCCGAGGCCUACGAGGUCAACCUUUGGAGGCAGAUCGUGAUUGAUGUUGAAAUGAUGGAGAAAGAGGUGUUUCUCGAGUACGAUGCUGGAACUCGAUAUUACUACAUUUCAGUGUGAGGUAUGAGGGAAACUGUUUUUAAGUUGAUUGACUAUAAUAGAUGAUAACUAUUUAGAUAGAAG